UAUUUAGAGGACAUGGAUCUCGAGUUAUCGCCCCUGUGCGAGCUCUCUGCUGUUAUUUACAAUUCUUUGAAGCUUCCUGAACAGAAAGUGAUCAAUGGUAGGCAUAUAGUGAUUUACCACCGCCAGAAACACAGCAUUCAACCAGCUUUGCACGUCCAAAAUGGAUAAACUAAAAAUAAAUAUCCGUGCAGUCUUACAGAGUGCUAAGAAUGGAGUGGAGGCUUCAAAUUUUGAAGACCACUACAGAAGCUUGACAAAAGAAAACAUACAAUAUGCACAGUAUGGCUAUAAGAGCCUUGACGAACUUAUGGCCAACAUUCCAGAUACUGUAUACUUAGCAAAUUAUCGUGGUACAAAGAUUUAUCGUGCAGUCUGUACCGAUUCCACAUAUCACCUACAGAAGCUCAUUGACAGACAGAAGUCAGUAUCGGCUCGAAAAUCAAAACCGGUUCCUAAUCGGCGGCGUCCUCUCUUUGCCAAUGAAAAUCUUCAGAACUCCACUUGCAGAUACAAUAGAUAUGAAGAUAACCGAAAGCGAUACCCAAAUGUGCGAGUGACAGUCGACAGUUCAGGUCGUGGGCAGCAGGUAAACUGCCGGGGUGAUGUGAAAAGAUCUGUUGAGAUGGGAGAUAUUAAUGCAAAUUGCAAUAAGCAUGAGAUAAAAUCUGUGAUGAUGUCUGUAUCGAAGAGCAAUCGUGUGUUUGAGAAAGCAGUCAAAGACAUCUCCAGCAAUGAGCAGGUACCUUAUGGCUCAAUGAAUACAUUUCCUCUGGCCCCUCGAUUCCAGAAACAGAAGAACAACACUCCAGCACCAGAUUUUGUGAAAGGAAGGCAUGAGCAUACACCAAGAUCAAAUAAAGUUUCCUCAUCAGUAUUGGAUGGCAAACAAUACACCGAAUGUCUUGUAGAGUUUGUGUCGAAGAAUUCCUUAUCUUUUGCAAUACAGGCAUUACCUGUUGAAAAUGGAUUCACCGCCUCUAUACAAAUCAAAAACGAGGUUUAUGAAAGUAGUGCCCGCUUCCCCAGUGAACAAGAAGCGCAAUACUCUGCAGCAAAGAAUGCUUGUAUCAGCCUUGGUCUUGAUCCGUAUAAAAUGGAUGAUCCUGUAGGAAUUGAUGAACAUGAACUGAAGAAAAGGGUCCAGCAGAUUGUUGUUCAGAAUGGGCUGUGGUUGAAAAAUAUGGGAGAGACAUAUGAAAAACAGUUUGGAGAGAAAGCUCCGGAUAAUCUACAAGACCUGGUACGAUCUUGGGUCGACGUGUUUAAGAUAGAACAAGCUUGUGCUACACAGAUGGAAAUCGUGUAUCCAGUGAAACAGUCCUUGGUGUCAUUUACAGGCAAGGAAGUUGAAAUAAAACAUGCUGAUUUGUUACCAGUCGGAUCUGUACUCAAUGUCUAUGUCAGCUUUAUCUACUCAGCUGCCCAAUUCUAUGUCCACUAUGAGACCAGUUGUAUUCAGGAGAUUGAUGCUGAACUGAACCUUCACUGUCAGAAACGUCAUGUGGAUAUAAAAGCUCUGCAGAUUGGUGGAUUUUGUGUUGCGCAGUACUCCGACAAUGAUGCCUGGUACAGAGCAUCUAUUUUAGACAUUGAUGACGAAAAGGGAGAAGUAGAAGUAUACUAUGUGGAUUAUGGUAACACAGAGAGGGUUUCUAUUGACCGAAUCACCAAACUGCCCACCUCUGUUGCCCACUAUCCUGCUCAGGCUAUUCUCUGUGCAUUGUUUCAACUCAUACCACCACAGGAGGAAACAGACUUUGAAGCUUCAAAGCAGGAAUUUGGAGCUCUUGCUCAGGAUCAACUUCAAGCUAAAACAGUGUUAAUUGAUAACAAAGUUUGUCAUGUAAUUCUAAUCAACCCCGAAUCACCUUCAAAACUAUCCAUCAACGAUAUUUUAGUGAACAGUAAAUUGGCCUACCUCUGUCAGACUCCUGAAGCUGACCCAGAGGAGAAUGAACCAGAAAAUGGGGUCUGCUCCCCCACGUCUCCUCCUCCUUCUCCUUCUCCUCCCACUUUAUGUGUGGAUAGCGUACGUGAUGAGAAAUUUGCAGGUGGUGCACCUUUAAUGUUGCCUGCCGAUAGAUUCUGGGAUGUCUACGUGUGCUUUUUGUCAUCUACAACGGACGUCAUCAUACGCAUUGUUGGUGAAAAUUACUCAGACAAACUUGAAAAACUUGAGAAAGAAAUUGAAAAGUGGUUUCCUGAACUACCCAAUGGCCAGAUCCAAGAAGGGGACAUUUGUGCUGCUGAAGUGGAGGGCUUUUAUCACCGGGUGAAGGUUUUACAGAUGAAGGAGAGCAGAAGAACUGUGGAAUGCCUAUUCCUUGAUCAUGGUGAUUCCGAUAGACUAGUACUCAAUCAGUUACGUGUACUAGAUUCUACCUUGAAUUAUUUACCAUACCAGGCAAUUCCUUGUGUUCUUGCUGGUUUAGAGCAAUAUUCUUGUAAUAUCGGUGCCAUUGACAAGUUGAUGGAAAUGGCACUUGGCAAGACUUGUGUGGCAGAAGCUGUGACAAAAGAUAACAAGAUCUUUGCAGUUUUGUAUGAUACAAUGGGUGAAGAUGACAUUAACAUCAACAAGGCUGUUGCAGAGUUUGCUGAAUCUGAAGGGACAGAUUUGCUGAGUAGUUUGGUGCACGAUGGCACUGAAUCCGUUUCCAGCUCAACUCUCUCUGAACUUUCAAUGAAAUCAACGACCACGCUAGAGAAUGUGAUGAAGCAGUCCAGCUUGAAGGACUCGGCGACCUCGCCCACUGCCAGUAGUAGCAGCCACACCUCGCCUGUAUCUGGGCAUCCGCCAGAUUCACCGGCCAGCUUCUCCCUACAUCACCCUAACCCUAACUCUCCAGAUAGUAGUAGCAGCAGCAGCGUUUGUUCCGGUAUUGUCACCGGCUUGCCUGGCAGCUCGACACCACUCAGCAGAUCUUCCGAUAGAAUCUCAGCAAAGACACCAGAGACCCCAGCCAUGUCGACCACUUCAGCAGUUGUUACUCCCAACAGCAGUGACUUUCCCUCUUCAACGAGUUCUGUUAUCAGUAGUUGUAGUGAUUCAUCGAAUACUGAUGCUGUUUGGUCAAAGGCUGACUACAUCAAGUUGAAGCCGCCGGGACCCUUCAAAAUGGCUCCCAUCCCAGAUGUGACCUUCGUGUAUAUCGACUACAUAGCUGACCCUUCUAACUUUCAUAUUAUUCCCUUUGACUUCCUGGCAGAACGAGAUAAUUUCACCGCCAGAUUGACUGACAAGAUGAAAGCCACCUCACCGCUCGUCACACUAACUGAUAACGACGUUCUAUUGUCACAUCCGUACGUAUCGAACGUUGAUGAUGCUUGGUAUCGAGUAAUCCCAUCGUCAGUCUGUGAAGACGGAGGUUAUUUUGUCUGGUAUGCUGAUUAUGGUGGAUAUGAUUUUGAAUGUACAGAAAACCUGAAGCCCCUUCCGGAAGAAUUUUGGGAUCUUCCCUAUCAGUCUGUUACAUGUAAAUUAAACAAUUUUAUUCCAAAGAGGGGCGAUACGUGGUCAGAAGCAGCAAAAUAUAAGUUUUUGGAAUUGGCCAACAACAAGUGCUUCGCUUGCAUUGUCAAAGACACAUCGACGGCAACAGACUCUGGAUCAGCAUCAGUGCCAGGGACGGAGAGUGCGAUUCCUGUUGUGUUGAUCGAUACCUGUGGGGAAGAAGACGUCUGCAUUGAUGAGGUCUUGCUUGCCUUCGGCUAUGGCCAGUAUAAGUCGUAGCGAGGUGUUUGCUACCAGGAUGGGGUUUGUCGGAGAGCAGACUUGCUGUAGUAGUAGGAGUUGUUGUUGAUGACGACGAUGAUGAUGAUGAUUAUAGUGACAACAGUGAGAUAGCUACUAUUACCAUCACCACCAUCACUACCAUUGCAUCAAUCAGUUAACUGCUGUUAAUACACUAUCAGUUUGUAUAACAAAUAUUUUUGUGGUAAUGUUCUAUAUGUAAAAGCCCAUGUGCACAUAUGUAAGAAUAUAUAUAUAUAUAUAUA